AUGCAGAAGCCUGUAAAAGCAAAAUCCCAAAGUGACGUAAUGCAAGAUGACUUGAAAUCUAAACCAGCACCCAGAAAGAAAACCUCUCAAAGUGUCUUGAAAGAGUUCCAAAGAGAAGUUAAGAAACGCGGGGGACCGGACGUGAUAGAAGACGGAUGGACAGUGCGGUCGCAGGAGGUUACCGCGGAGGACGGGUCAAUCACCGAGACAUUCUCGUACAUAUCUCCGACUCAGCAGGAAUUUCCCACGAAAAAGGAAGUAAUGAAGUACCUGGAGCUUCCACCGUUGAAGCCUAAACAAGCCAACGAUACGGCGCCUGUGAACGAUCCCCCACCAGCUCCUGAGGCGCUGGACACGAGUCAAUCGGGCCCGAAAUCAGCUCCGAGGAAGAGGACCUCUCAAAGUGUGCUAAGGGAGUUCCAAAGGGAAGUCAAGAAACGCGGGGGACCGGACGUGAUAGAAGACGGAUGGACAGUGCGGUCGCAGGAGGUUACCGCGGAGGACGGGUCAAUCACCGAGACAUUCUCGUACAUAUCUCCGACUCAGCAGGAAUUUCCCACGAAAAAGGAAGUAAUGAAGUACCUGGAGCUUCCACCGUUGAAGCCUAAACAAGCCAACGAUACGGCGCCUGUGAACGAUCCCCCACCAGCUCCUGAGGCGCUGGACACGAGUCAAUCGGGCCCGAAAUCAGCUCCGAGGAAGAGGACCUCUCAAAGUGUGCUAAGGGAGUUCCAAAGGGAAGUCAAGAAACGCGGGGGACCGGACGUGAUAGAAGACGGAUGGACAGUGCGGUCGCAGGAGGUUACCGCGGAGGACGGGUCAAUCACCGAGACAUUCUCGUACAUAUCUCCGACUCAGCAGGAAUUCACGAAGAGAAGGGACGCCAUUGAGUCGGUUUCGGAAGGUAACGAGAGCAAAAAGUCAAGAAUUGAGCUCUUCCGAGAGGCGGAGCUGUUCCAAAGCAAGAUCCCAGUGCCAUUCAUUACCAAGUCUGGAAAUUUGACAGUGCAGGCAUUGGGAACCAUUAUUGACGACAAAAUUUCCCCAUUAUUUCAUGACAGCAAUAUCUUGUAUCCCACGGGAUUCCAAUCGGAAUAUUUGGAUGAGGAGCUUGAUUUGCACUUCCAAAAUUGUGAAGAGAAGCUGCAUGUCAAUAAGUGGGACACGAAGAGUUUGGGACUUCGAUUUGGUUUGGCUUUAAAGGAAGUGAGAAGGAUAUUGGAGGGCCUCCCGGAUGUUCUUGAAUGCUCCAAAUACAAAUUUACAGGAGAAGAACCGCCGAAGAAGAAGCCUUCUUCCACUGAGUCUCCAGCGAAGGCAACGAACUCGGCCAAGAAAUCGAAAGGAAAGAAGCAGGAGAAAUUUGAGCUUCCUACAACUGACCCAGCUUUGAAGAAGCUGAUGACUUCGGGAUACAGCCUCUUUGCAAAAAAACGCCGAGCAGCCGUCAAGUCCGAGCAUCCAGAUUCAGCAGAGAAACCGACACUUCUACGCAAAAUUCUGAAGCAGAAAUAUGCAGAAUUGCCUCAAUCUGAACGACAGAAAUACGAGAAACAAGCAUUUAGGAUCAACAAGAAGAAGCUUGGUUCCAAGGCUGUGAUGAAGAAGGUUGAGGAGGCACAGAAAGCUCAAAGUGCUGCCAACGAUAAAGAGCAAGCGAAUGAAAAUGAUCUGAGCGAAUGGCGUACUGACAACCAGCACGUUGGAAAACCCUUCCGAAGAUUCAUUUAUGACAGAAAGAGUCGGAUCGUUGAUGCAGCAGAUGGAGUAGUGAUAGGAUGGCUGCCUGCGGAAGAAUCAGAUUACACCUCUGAAGUUACCGGGGAACCUUCUUCGAUCUGGCGAUUGAGGUAUGAUGACGAUGCUAUGGGAAGUGAAGAUCUGGAAGAGCCUGACGUGAUCGAAGCCAUCAAGCUGUAUGACGAGGAAGUGCCAGAAACAGUUCGCGAGAAAUACGAUAAACGAAAGCAGAAGGUGGAGAUGAAGAAAGAGAAGAAAGAGAAGCGUAAGAUACAGCUUCAGGGGAAGAUGGCAUUCAAACUCGAGAAGGAGAAAAUGAAAUCUCUUCGCCAGAAGGUCAAGGAUGAACAGAAGCAAAAGAAAGAAAUUCUUUCCAUGAAACAUGAUGAAUCAAAGAAGCUAGAUGAAUCGCUACAUCUCAUCAGCAUCGGGCCAGAUAAGGGCCAGGUUGCGAGCUCAGUGAAGAAGCCAGCAGGUUCUGCUGAUAUUUUACCGAUCGCGGGAUGGGAGGAAGACUUCUUUUGCAUCUACCAAUUCAUUCACGACCUCGCUGCUCCUCUCGGAGCUUCAAAGAUGUCGUACGAUGACCUUCUGUCCUGCAUUGUGGAGUCUGGAGGAGCUGAAGACAGGAGAGCUCGAGACAACGUCGAGAGGUUCUACGAACUUGCAAGAUGGUUGUCAGGUCUUGCGGCAAGGUGUCAAUGGAUUCGUGACGACGACGAAGUGCUUGAGGAUGCGGUGGAGUCUGAUGUUGUUGACAUCCAGUUGGCCCAUGGUCCCCUGUUAAGCUCCGAACUGGCUGAAUGUGAGGUCAAGUACAACGUCUGGCAACUCUUGAACGAAGCAUGUUGGCCCGAAAUGGUCCGCCUAUUGAUCAAGCGCCACAGUUUCUUCGACAUGUACGAGAAACUGUACAAAGCGUUGGGAACAACAGAGCCAAAGGAUCUUUCGGUUGAGCUGAAGAUUCAAAUGAUUCAGUUUCUCACCGACGAGGCUUGUUCGAGCGAUAAAGUUCGCCAAAUCAUGAACCAACAGCUGCGACAGAUUGAAAAGAUAGUAGAGAAGAAGAGAGCUGAAGAUGCGGCUCUAAAGCAGAAGAAGGCUGAUCGUAAAGAUUCAGACAAAAAGGAGGAAGGGGAUGCGACAGAAACCAGUCAGCAGAUUCUUGACCUGAUGUGCCAAGUCAGCGCCAAGGACGGUCAUCCUUUUGAGAUUCGUUGCAAACAAAACUACAUCAAGGCCACUUUGAAGAAGAGCGAAGGCGACAUCAAGCUUGUCAGCGAGGGACAGGAGUUCUCUUGUCCGUUCGAGUGGGUCCGCGAGUUUACGGGACUCCAGAGGUCCUCAGUGAAGAAGUUCAUCAUGUACUCGGGCAAGAGCCUCAAGUGGCAUGAGGAUGACUUCUCUGGUGUCAAGUCUGAGGCUGCUGACAAGAAGGACAAGAACGAUCUGCCUGAACCUGCAGCAUCUGAGUCGCCCAACGCAAAGGUUGGCGGGAGCGACAAGCUUGACAUCGAUGCUAACAGAAGGAAACGAGAAUUCCGUGCGGCCCUCGGGAAGGCAGAGCGGAUUCUCCGGAGCAAACCUGUGGGAUACGAUCGCUGGUGGCGAAGCUACUGGGUGUUUGACAGCAACAAGCACUCGUUGUGGGUGAGAGAACAGAGUAGCGAGUCAGUCAGCACGGCGUCAGUUGUUGGGCAGCAGAGGGGAAGGUUCGAAGGGGUUGGGUGUAGGCCUGUGUGGUCUUUGUACCGCACGUCCGACGGGUCCCUCCAGGCUCUUUUCCGGGUCCUCGUGCUGGGUCCGCAGGGCACAAGAGAAUCGCAUCUGAUUGAAAACCUUCGCAAGAAUGGCUUCGACUGGGUCGUGAGCUACUACGAGAAGGCGAUCGAAGACGAGGCCCAAGUUGACUGGAAGAACUUGGAGGCUCAAUGUCCUGUGCCCAGCAUCGAGGACGAUUACAUGCAGAGGGAGAUAGAAUCGUAUGCUUGGAGCGAGUUGCCGGCGAUCGGUGACCUGCUGUGGGCCAAGUCUGACGCGAACUCUAGACUGUCCCAUCCUAUCCAGGUGGUGGAGCCAGUGGAUGAAGAACCGGACACGGAAUCGGAGGAUGAGAUGAGCGAGGAGGAUGCUGAUGUUGUGCGCGAGCUGAACGAGGGCGGCUGGCAGAGGACAGGGAGCGAGCACAUCAACCGAAGAGUGCUGGUUGACGUCGAUCCUGAGAACAGCUAUACUCGUCGAAGGAGCAAGUUGAUCGGGCGUGUGAUUGGUUGGCUGCCGGCUAGCACUGAUGGCGCAUCGAAGAAGACUAGGAAAGUCGCUCUUUGGCGCGUGAAGUUUGACGAUCAGAAACUUGGAUUCCAAGACUUUGAGCAGCGGGAAGUCGAAGCAAGCAUCAGGCGAUACGACAUGGAGACGUGCAAGAAGCCAAAGCGUGUCGAGUGUCUCUCGUCGAGCAGCAUGUUCGGUCAGAAGAUUGUGUGGGUUUAUGGGCGAUUGUUCGAUGAUGCGAAAACUGUGAAGUUCUUUCCUCUAGCCGAUGUCCUGCCCUUCCAACAGUUCAAGGAGCAGAAGAUACAGGAGAUCAAGAAGGCAGGCAGCAAGAUCAUGAAGGAGGUUGAGGCUUGCAAUGAUUGGAUAGAAGAAAACGUCUCGGACAUGGUCAAAGAUGAAGAUCUCCGGGACGUGAUGGUGGAGCUGGGCUGGAGAAGCAAAUCUGAGCAGGUCAUGACGGACCAGCUCAAGGCUUCCUGCAAGCAUUGCACCAAGUAUCCGCGCAUCCUCAAUGUUAUUCAAGACAAUCGGGAUGUAGGAACCUGUGGCGCUGUCUCCUUCGCUGAAAUCUCUUCCUUGCAGUUCCUUCCGCUCGUCUGUGAGAUGCAGGAGCUGAGCUCGCAGCUCCUGGCACUCAUCCAGAAGAUCCUCCUCACAGGAGGAAGCGACGACAACAUUAAGAGAAAGUUCAGCUCCGUCUCCUCUCGUGUCAAGGAGUUUACCUCGGCUCAGGAUCUCGUUAGCUGCCUGCUGGACCUCGAACGCUUCCUGAGCGAGCUCGCCAACUCCAAGGGCGGCAACGCAUUCAACGAGCUCACGUUAGACCUGGACGAGUGGAAGACCGAAGGGCACGACUGGAUCGAUCGAUUUCUCUACAGGACCGCCGAGGGUGCCCUCGGCGUCUCCAAGUACGUCAAGGCGCAAGUGGUCGGCUGGCUUCCUGCGGAAGAGUCAGAGUAUUUCAACUCGGAGAAGGAGCCGUCGGCGCUAUGGCACAUUGUGUGGGAGGAUGGGACCGAGGAGGACCUUGAGGCGUACGAGGUGGAGGAAGGCUUCGCGCUGCUGGCAGACAUGGAGAUGGAGGAGGGGAGCAGGGGUGGCAUGUGGGCCUCUCAGCUGGACCGAACGAGGUGGAUGAAGCUGCUUGAAGGAAGCCAAACGGUCGGCGCCAUCGCGUUGGCCAUGUACAUGUUCGGCGAUCGAGCGCUGGCACUGGUGGAAGAUCUGUGCAAGGCGACGCGCCACCAGCAGGAGGAGUGGGACGACUACUGCCUUAUCUGCUUCGAGGGCGGCAACCUCAUCUGCUGCGACUCUUGCCCUAGGACUGUCCAUGCGGCAUGCCUGGGGCUCAGCAAGAUCCCCAAGGGCGACUUCUACUGCUUCGACUGCGAGCGAGAGCGAGCCAAGGAAGCCAAGAGCCGGGCGAAGAAGAAAAGCGUGAAGGGAACGAAAGGAAAAGGUGACGGGAAAGAGAAAGGCAAGAAUACCAAGCUGAGGUACGACGAGGAGCUGCAGAAGCUUCGCAAGAGUCUCAUGCGCUAUGGGGCGAUCAACGGGGCCGUGGCAGAAGUCCAGCCGGACGAGAAGAGCUUGAAGAGAGAGGAGAAGUGGUACGUGCUGGUGACUGACGGGCAUGUCCUCAAGAGCGGGGAGGGCCCCAAGUUGACGGCCGUCAAGUUCUUCAGCCCGUGGCGGAGCAAGGAAGGGAAGGGGAUGCGGCUCGAGGACAAGGAGGAGCCGCUGGACAUCUGCUCCGUGCUCGGCAUUGGAAGCAUGGAAGAGAUGCUGGUAGGAGACGAGCGGAAGGGAUACCAGCCCAGAGAUUUGUAG